CCGGCAUUUCUCCGUAGGUGGGGGGACUUGACUACUUAUCAAUAAAAACUUAUGACGACUCCAUCAUCGUUGGCAUUAAUUCUAUUGAUUUCAGAAUGACAUCUUGGUUGUAAGAUUUUACAUGAUCUCUAGAUCAUCCCACCCAUCCAUUUUUUAUCGACUGAAACAUUAGAUAUCGAUCUGUCAUCCAGCGUUGCUUUCGACCUAUUGUAUCCUCGCCUCACCAUGACCACAAUGACGCAGCUUGAACCAGGUAUUUCUGAGGCGUAUCAGCUCGACGAUCACCAAAUCAAUUGCCGAACGAAAAGUAAGGAGCCUUCGGGGCAUUAAUUGAAAGCAGCAGGCUCGAACGCAAUGCAAAGUCAGGUGCCAUACUUGAAGCUUAUGAGCGCGGGUUUCUCAUUCUUUGUCGCCGGCGUCAACGAUGGCAGCACUGGGGCUUUAGUUCCCUACAUAAUUCGAGAUUAUGGAAUCAAUACGGCAAUCGUUUCAUCAGUAUACGGAGCCAAUUUCAUGGGCUGGUUCCUCACGGCUCUGACAAAUACCCAUCUCUCUCAGAAGUUUGACCUCGGUGCUAUGCUCAUGCUUGGCGCAGUCCUCCAACUAAUUGCGCAUGCUUUGCGUUUCUGGAGACCACCGUUCGAACUAUAUGCAGUCACGUUCUGGCUCGUCAGUCUGGGCCAAGCGUACCAAGACACCCAUGGCAACACAUUCGUGACUACCAUGAAGGGAGGGGCGCACAGGUGGCUCGCGUUUAUUCAUUCUAUGUAUAUGGCCGGAUGCUUCUGUGGCCCUUUCGUAGCCACUGCCGUGUCCUCAGCUGGAAAACCUUCGCGCUGGUAUCUAUUUUAUACUUUGCCUCUUAUACUCGGUGUCAUCAAUGUGGUCCUUGUGUUUUACGCUUUUCGGGAAAGCGUUGGGUUUAAAGCAAAACAAUCUUCUCAGACUGCCUCAGCUUCAAUGGACGCAGAGGCUGCCACCAACCUCGACAUUCAUGCUCCAGCCGACCCCACAGCAAAUGCUACCGCCUCCACUCUCAUUUUGGAGACGCUAAAGACUCGGAGUGUCUGGCUUCUGAGCAUCUUCUUCUUCUUCUCCAUUGGUGCAACACUUACUGCCAGUAGCUGGGUCGUGGAAUACCUGGUCGAAAUUCGUAAGGGGGAUAUAUCCACAAUGGGUUAUGUUUCGGUCGGCUUUAACGGAGGCUCGCUACUGGGAAGAAUCUUCUUAGCUGAGCCUACCCACAGAUUCGGGGUUCGGAGAAUGAUCUUCAUCUACAGCGUGCUAUCUAUCGGCCUUCACGUGUUGUUUUGGCAAGUACCCAACAUAAUUGCAGCAUCUAUCUCGAUCAGUCUUCUGGGUUUUCUCAUGGGGCCUUACUUUGCUACUGUAGGUCUUCUCUUACAUUUUAUUGCCCCGAUGAAGAUAGUCUAUGGAGGCACUGACACGCAAUUAGGGAGUUUCGGUUGGCUCUAAGCUAUUUGCUCCGCGAAUUUACUCCACGGGGCUAUCCUUUGUGUUUGUAUUUGCUCAAUUGGGAGCCUGCUUCUUCCCUAUUAUUACUGGUGCCAUCGCCUCAAAGCUUGAGGUUUCAGUGAUGCAGCCUAUCUUGUGCGCGCUGCUGGUUGCAACUUCAAUUAGCUGGUUGUUUGUUCCCAAUCCAAAGGAGAGCGAGAACACUGCUCUUCAUCACGAAUAGGAUACAGAUUUCCGCAUAAUUUAGAAGUGGAAGUUGAUGGUACGAUGAGAUAGAAUGUUGGAUUGGAGAGCAGAGUGUCUGAUUGUGAUACUCUUUACUACCUAGGUAGUGUGAAGCGACUGGAUUAAAUCAUUGGAAACGAUGUAAUAUAAUCACACAAUCCCUAACGUAUAUCCGAUGCUAAUUCAAAAGCCAGCAUCUGGUAAGCAAUACAGUACUAUGAUGACAGUCUUGGACAGGGUGCUAGUUCCUUCUGAA